AUGCCAGAUGAUGUUAAUGCCAAGCCAUUUUACGUGCUGAGCUGCAAAGAACUAAAUUAUAGUUAUUUCACUAAUGAUCAAGCAUCAACAGGAAAUUCAGUUGAUAAUAUAUCUCGAGAAUUAUUUGUUUAUGUCUACGACUUAAUAGACAAUGUUCUUGUUUUAGAUAUAAAAAGUCCGAUUGACAAAAUGCAAGAAGUUAUUAAAAAUGUAAAUGAAUCGCUCGUAUAUGAAGAUAAGAUUAUGAUUCAGAAUAAUGAAUUCACUGAAAAACCUAAUUAUAAAAAUGAUCUUUUCAUUAUCAAAUAUGAGAAUAAAAAUCAGAUCAAAACGAUGGGAUAUUCUCUAAUAAACAUGGCUAAAGAAAAAGCAAGUGGUUCUGAUAAAGUUAACCAAACAAUCAGACCAAAGCGUCUUAAUUCGUUCAGAGAUUCAAAAUAUAUAUUCGUGGACAAGGAUAUAUCAUAUUUUAAAGCUAUUGACCCUGCAGAUCAAGAUAGAAUUAACAAUGCAACAGAUCUGAAAGAAUUUGCUUCUAAAAAAUGGGGCUGGAAGAAUAUUAUAAUACUUCAUUUAUCUAAGGAUAUAAUUGAACAAGUGUCUGAAAUUUCUACGUCAAAACAUUAUAUUAUUCAAGAAAAGCCUUCAGAUCUUCGUGGAUUUAGUGAUAUUGUUUUUAUAAACAGAACAACGGGGUCAAAGUUUUUCCUGAAAAUGAAAGCUAAAGAUGUUACGGAUAUCUGCAAUAAGUUAAGCAUUUCUCGUGAUUAUAUAAAAAGUAUGAAUACCACUCGUUAUUCAGUAAAAUUUUGCGAUGUUGAUGUGAGAUUUGAAGAUCAAAUUCUCAAUAGUAUAUCACUUGUCAGCUAUUCAUAA